GUAAUCUCACUAACGAUGAUAUUUUGGAAGCAAUAGCUAAUAAAAAUGAUGAUAAAACUAAACAAUCUAAUAGUGAAAUAAGAGAAAAAGUAAGUUGUAUUAAAGCAGAAAUAGCACUUGAUACAAUUUUAAGGUUUUUAUAUGUACAAGAUGAAGAAUUUG